AUGAGCUCCUUAAAGGACAAAGGUAACAGAGGGAGCGAGAGAGCUAAAGGGAAGACUUUGACUUUAAACCACAGAAUUGGUGGAAGUGUGUGCUACGCUGCUGCUGCUGCUGCUGUUGCUGCUACUGCCACUGCUGUUCCGGUUCCCGCUCCUGCACCCGCUCCUGCUCUUGCUUUUGGUUGGUUUCAGAGCUCCCGGGUCCGGGAAGGUAGUGAGCCAACGCUGGGGAGCGCCUGCCGGCUGCAGCCGAGGUCGCUCAGGAUGGGCUCCGGGAGCCAGGCGCUGUCCAUGGUCCCAGCGGUUCUCCUAGCCCUGACUCUGCCUGGGCUGCCUGCGUGGGCGCAGAACGACACGGAGCCCAUAGUCCUGGAGGGCAAGUGUUUGGUGGUAUGCGACUCUAAUCCGGCUACAGACGCCAAAGGCUCUUCCUCAUCUCCCCUGGGGAUCUCAGUCCGGGCAGCUAACUCCAAGGUUGCCUUCUCUGCCGUGAGGAGCACCAACCACGAGCCAUCGGAGAUGAGCAACAAGACACGCAUUAUUUACUUCGAUCAGAUCCUAGUAAAUGUGGGCAAUUUUUUCACAUUGGAGUCUGUCUUUGUAGCACCAAGGAAAGGAAUUUACAGUUUCAGUUUUCAUGUAAUCAAAGUCUAUCAGAGUCAAACCAUCCAGGUUAAUCUGAUGCUAAAUGGAAAACCAGUAAUUUCAGCAUUCGCUGGAGACAAAGAUGUUACACGUGAAGCUGCUACUAAUGGAGUCCUCCUUUACCUAGAUAAAGAAGAUAAGGUUUACCUGAAACUGGAGAAAGGUAAUCUUGUUGGAGGAUGGCAGUAUUCUACGUUUUCUGGCUUUCUAGUAUUCCCCCUAUAA